AAUAUAUAUGUCUCUCAACAGCUCGUCCUGUCCUGUGCUCGUGUAACAGCUAACAGAAACCUAUGUGAUGCUUCUCAAAAUUUACAAAAAAAGAAGAAGAAGAAGAGCAGCCUUCCAAAUACUCUGUACUGCCCCUUUUGUACCUCUAUAUCCCAACAAAUUGCUUCCUAGCCGGAUUUUUGCUGUCUUGAAAGAGGGAAAGGAGAUGGUCAUUUUCUGGGACCCGAUUGUCAAGAAGGCCAAGAGAUUGUGGACUGCGUGGGACAUUCAGACCUUGGUACUAUUGAGCCUCACCUUCCAAAUCAUCCUUUUGGUCUUUGGCCGUCGCCGGAGUUACAUUACGGGAUUCUUGAUCAGAAUUACUGUUUGGUCGAGCUACUUAAUGGCAAGCUGGGUCGCUACUGUUGGUAUCGGUAAGCUUAGCGACACUAGCGUUGGCGACCCUAGUUUACCCGAUACAGAAACUUCACUUAAGGCCCUUCUUGCCCCAAUUCUCUUGUUGCACCUAGGAAGCCCCGACACAAUUACUGCCUAUUCAAUUCAAGAUAAUCAGUUGGGGGCGAGAGAAAUAGUUGAAACAGUUGCCCAAGUGGGUCUAGUUAUUUGGAUUCUCAUUAGGUGCUGGACUUACACUAGACUCUCGUUCCUAACCUUGCCAAUUUUUCUCGCCGGGUUCAUCAAAUACGGGGAGAGAGCAUGGGCUUUGAAAUCUGCUCUUGACCAGGAUGCGGACAUGGCCAUUUCGAGGAACGAUGAAGAGAAUACCUUACCCGAGAUGUUUUGCAAAUUACCUAAAGAUAAUCCUGGCGCAGAUCUAAUUCUAAAAGCAUUUUACCGCUUCGACCGCAUAAAACCACAUUUGAAAAAUUGGAUCUACCACUCAUUGUACAUCUCCCGUCCCUCGCUGUCAAUAGACGAUUAUCCACCUAUUAAGGUUUUCAAGAUUACUGAGAUCGAACUAGGAUUCAUGUACAAUGCCCUCUAUACAAAAACACCCAUUAUCUACACUAAGGUAGGUUUUAUGCUCCGUUUUCUUACUUUUGUGUGCAUUGCAUUGACCUUUUCCGGAUUCGCAGUGAUGUUCAGAAAAGACUUCUUGCAUCACAAGAAUGUCACCUUCACUUUUUCAAUGUUGGCUAUAGCCAUGAUCCUUGAACUGGAUUCGGACUCGAAACUGCUCUUCUCAGACAGGGCAGUAGUAUGGGCAAUCAGACACCAGCAUCAACUGCGAAUGGAAAGACUCCUUAACUUUCUAGUCCGAUUCUCUCUGGCAAAGCAAAGAUGGUCGAAUCGCUUGCCUCAGUUCAAUCUCCUUUGUUUUUGCCUCAAGCCCAAUUCGAGGAAUUUAAUGAGUAAGAUCCUGAAAUACUGUCGGCUGGAGGAAGAGUGGAAGAAGCACAGAUUCCUCACAUACAAGGAAAAAGUUCCUAUUCCGCUGCAAGAACUCGUACUCCGCGAGAUAAAGGCGGUGGAAGGUCAACGAGGCUUUAAGCCCUUCACUAAGAGAGGCGAAUGGGCGCUUGAGAGGCAUAAUUUCUAUGAAGAAGUGAAAUCAAGCAUCCGUACUGAUUUCGGCAGGAGUAUCGCCAUAUGGCACAUUGCCACUAGCAUUUGUUACCAACUAGAUGAUGCCAACACAAGUGGAGGAGCUUCUCUCAAGGAAAUGAGCAAAUGGGUCUCGGACUACAUGAUGCAUCUCCUGGUUAAUCUCCCCGAAAUGCUAUCAGUCGCUUCUGGGCGCGUUAUCUAUGAGCAUGUACGCACAGUCAUCAAGGAGCUCCAGGUUUCGACACCGGAAAUGAAGGACGAACAUUCAGCCUGCCAAAUCCUACAAACUGCCCAACUCCCUGACCAUGCUGCCCAAAAGCCGGAAGAUCCCGUGAUUGAACUAGGUUGGCUCAUAUUGCCUGAAGCACAGCAACUCUCAGGGAAAUUGUUGAUGCGAGAGCAAAAAUGGGAAAUCAUCAGCAGUGUAUGGACAGAGAUGCUGUGUUAUGCUGCAUAUAGCUGUGAUUUGGAUAGCCAUGCACAACAGCUCAGGAGAGGUGGGGAGUUUAUUACUCUCAUUUGGCUCCUCCUAGCUCACAAGACAGAUAGGUUCAAUUUCGGCAAGUGUGGUUAGAAAACUCAUUGAUUGAUACAUUACCGCGUUGUAAUUGUAACUAGUUGCGAAUCUUGGAGCCCAACUCACUCGACUUUUUUAGCUCUUCUGCUUUGUCUUCUGCUUGCCCAACUGUACCAUUCUAAUGCAAUGAAGUGAGAUGAUCUAUUUAAGGUUGCAAAUUA